ACUCAAAUGUCUAUAUAUAAACAAGAACCUGUACUGUCUGAACAGACUUCUAAGUCUCUGAGAUCACUUCUGAAGAAGUCACUGAUUAAUAUUAAUAUAAGAUAUACAUUAACUAUAACUAAUCAGAACAUAUUACUUUCAACUGCUGAUUAG